CAGCAAUUUGGACCUGGCAACACUGACUCCAGCAGCCGUCUGAGGGUCGUUCCAAGAUGUGGUUCAACAUAAUUCCCAGCUUUCUUCUGGUCGCGGGGUGUCUUGGAGUUCCUGCUAUAGCAAAUGUCUUAAUCCAUAAGCUGGUGUAUAACAACAUCUACCAGCGAGAGCUUGUAAAUGAACGGCAAAGAUUUCUGUUCUUGAGGGAUGGGCGCCUCAGUGGCAACCCUUUUAGACCACUCGGGCUAGAGACCAUUCCUGAUGAAGAACCCACUGAAUAGUGUAUAUUAAGACACUUUGUAUAUACAGUAUUUUCACAUAUAGUAAGUUGAUGAUGAAUUAUUAAUAAAUUAUAAACAUUA